AUGUUCAGCCGUGCCAAAUCAGAGCGCGGCGCAGGCGAGGCCAGUGAGCCAUUAUUACAACGCGAUUCCGCCGAGCACGAGGAUCCGGUACUGUUCAGCGUCGCGGACGACGACGAGCACGAGAGCGAAAGCGGGUCUGAUGGCGUUCAUACGCCCAACACAGGCGUGCGGUUCCAAGAACGCGUCGACGUCCGGAUAUACGCGCCCGAGUGGUCCCAGCAGUCGCGCGAGGCAGAGUUCGAGCACGACUCCGACGAACUCGACGAUGCGGCCGUAGCGCAGCUAGAGCAUCUAUCGCCGCCUGGUGGAAGAGGAAAUGGAAGACCACAGAGAGGAAGGCGCGAACAGACUCAACCGCUACUUGUCGGUUUACUAGACGCAUCGAGCGUACGACGGGCGGAUGACGUCGCAGAACUGGACUUUGACCCCAUUGAACGCAGCGAUCCUGCCGACAUUGAAGAGCUCGAGAGGCGGCAACAUGCUGGCGGUGGACUGGCCAACUCCAUCGCGAACAUGGCAAACUCGAUCCUCGGCGCAGGCAUAAUCGGACUGCCAUAUGCUGUUAGCCGCGCAGGCUUCGUUACUGGGCUCUUACUGCUCACCGCGCUAUGCGCGGUAACGGACUGGACGAUACGGCUGAUAGUGCUCAACGCGAAGCUGAGCGGUACGAACAGCUACAUUGCUGUCAUGCACCGUUGCUUCGGGCAAUCCGGUCGAGCAGCCGUAUCAUUCUUUCAAUUCGCGUUCGCCUUCGGCGGCAUGUGCGCCUUUGGCAUCAUCAUCGGAGACACAAUCCCACACGUUCUCCGGCAAACCUUUCCCGGCCUCAGCACGACCCCGGUACUCUCACUUUUUGCCAACCGUCAAUUCGUGAUCGCAUUCUGCACGUUGACGGUCUCGUACCCGCUCUCCCUCAACCGCGACAUACACAAGCUGUCGUUCGCCUCCUUCCUCGCCUUGAUCGGGAUGGGCGUGAUAGUCUUCUCCGUGCUAGUGCGCGGUCCUACCGUACCCCCUGCACUCAGAGGUGAUCCGAGCAAAACGUGGAGUAUUAUCGAACCAGGAGCAGGGCUGUUCAACGCUAUUGGCGUGAUCAGCUUCGCGUAUGUGUGCCACCACAACACGCUGUUGAUCUAUGGAAGCUUGAAGGUGCCGACGCUGGAUCGAUUCGCGCAGGUUACGCAUGUCAGUGUGGCGUUGAGUCUGGUGGCAUGUGCGACAAUGGCCAUCGCGGGCUAUGUCGUCUUCACGGACAAGACGCAGGGAAAUAUCCUGAAUAACUUUCCCUUGGAUGAUACGCUCAUCAACAUCGCCCGCUUCUGUUUCGGCCUCAACAUGUUCACCACCCUGCCGCUCGAACUAUUCGUGUGCCGCGAAGUAAUAGACCAAUACUUCUUUUCCCACGAACCUUUCAACAGCACGCGCCACCUAUUCUUCACGACCGUUAUCCUUUUCUCGUCGACACUCCUGUCCAUCGUAACGUGCGAUCUGGGUGUCAUGCUCGAGAUCACCGGUGGCGUAUCCGCGACAGCCCUGGCGGACGAAAUGGACGAGCAGAAGGAUCUGGCCGGCGGCGGCGUGCGCGGCAUUUGGAGCGGUGGUACUCGUAUUGAGUUUAGGGCUGGCGUUGCAGAAGGUGUGGACAAGUGA